AUGGCAGAUGUGGAGGUUAUGUACCAUCAAAUCCAUGUAGCGCCAGAACAUCGAGAUGCGUUAAGAUUUCUCUGGUGGGAGAAUGGGGGCCUGAGUAGUGAGCCAGUAACUUACAGGAUGAAGGUGCACAUCUUUGGUGGGGUGUGGAGCCCUUCAUGUGCAACCUACUCUCUCCGGCGCACAUUCCAAGACCACAGAUCCGAGUUUCCCGACAUGGUGGCGCAAGCGGAAGUCAACUUCUACGUUGACUACCUGCUCAUGUCGCUGGACUCAUCAAAUGAAGCAUCAAUGUUAGCGUGUCAGCUUCGAAGACUGUUGGCGUGUGGAGGAUUUCGGUUAACUAAGUGGGCCAGUAAUCACAAAGGAGUGUUGGUUACCAUCCCACCGGAGGAGAGGCAAAAUGCACUGAAGGAAAUUGAUCUGAGCCAAGACAAAUUGCCAAUGGAGCGAGCCCUGGGGGUUAGGUCGUGUACCACUGCGGUGCCGGUGGUGCGGUGGCACGUGAUUAAAAGAUCUAUCGCAGGCUUGGAUCCAAGGCGGAUCGCAGACCUGCGCUUCAAAAUCAGCAGUGCUGCCGGCUACCUGAGAAACCGCUAG